AUGUUGGCAUUCUGCCAACUUUCAGAACCUCUGAGUCUUUGGGAAAAGUACAAAGACAGCUUCUCAGAGGAUAUUACGCGGCAGGUGGAGAGAGAGUUGCAAGGCAGUGCGCAACAGGUGAUGGAUGAGGUGUACAAUAGAUGUCUGGUGUUGAUUGAAAACGCAGUGGUGGCUUUGGGAGGAAAAGAGUUGCAACAGUAUGGCCUGCCUCAGCCAAAAAGAUCUGGAGGAGUAUUGGGGAACCGAGACUAUUUGAGGGAGACAAAUUACGACGUAAAUGCCUUGACAGAAGUGGUGUCGAAUAACGAGGGUUUAUUGACAGAUGAGCAGCUCGCUGUUUAUCGGCAGGUUCUUAGUAGCGUUGAGUCAGGUGCUGGUCAGGUAUUUUUCCUAGAUGCUCCUGGUGGUACUAGGAAGACCUUCCUUAUCAAUUUACUUCUGGCGAGGGUAAGAAGUGAUCGUGGAAUUGCAUUGGCUGUCGCAUCAUCAGGUAUCGCUGCUACGUUGUUGGAGGGAGGGAGGACCGCUCACGCUGCUUUUAAACUUCCUCUGAAUUUAAUUCAAACAGAAAAACCAUUGUGCAAUAUUUCAAAACAAAGUAACAUGGCUAAAGUAUUACGGGAUUGUAAGCUCAUUGUUUGGGAUGAAAGCACCAUAACACAUAAGGGGGGUUUUGAGGCAUUAAACACAACCCUCAAAGAUAUUAGGGAUAACGAUGGAGUAAUGGGGGGAGUGACCGUGCUGCUUGCUGGAGAUUUCAGACAGACUUUGCCAGUAGUGCCAAGGGGAACUCGAGCAGACGAAGUCAAGGCGUGUGUAAAGAAAUCACAUUUGUGGUCCCUUAUUAGGAAAAUCUCUAUCAGGAAGAAUAUAAGGGUACACUUGAAAAGUGAUGUUUUUGCAAAGCAAUUUUCAAAAAUACUAUUAAAAAUUGGAAAUGAAGAGUAUCCUGAGACGGAAGGAAAGGUGAUUAUUCCUGCGAGUCUAGGUUUAGUAGUAAAAACCCUAGAGAGCCUUAUUAAUAAGAUAUACCCUGAUAUUGCGGAUAUCAAAGAGAAAUCUAUGGAUUGGCUGUGCGAGCGUGCCAUUCUGACCCCUAAGAAUGAUAAAACUGGUGUCAUUAAUGACAUUCUUCUUAAAUUAUUUGAGGAAGAAGAAUUGAAUUAG